UGUGCCGGUUCAGAUGAAUCAUGGUGGUGCUAAUGGUGGCAAGAAAGGUGGAAAUGGGAAUAAUAAUGGUGGAGGGCAAGUUCAAGGUGGUGGAAAGGGCGGCAAGAAUGGCGGAGGGGGAGGCGGCAAUGGUGGUGGUCAAAGCAAGAAUGGUGGUGGUGGUGGUGGUGGUGGGGUUAGUAAUAUUAUUGGUAAUGGGGCCAAGAAAGUGGGUGGAAUGAAUGAUGGGCAUAAUCCUCAUCCUCAUGGCAUGCCAAAUAUGAUGGCCAUGAAUGGUGGUGGUGGUGGUGGUGUGGGCCCCAUGGGAAAAAUGCCGAUGGGCCACCACCAAAUGCAGGGAGGGCAUAUCGGUAAUAUGCCGAUGGGCCAUCAAAUGGGCAAUCUUGCAGCCGUCCAAGGCCUUCCCGCCUCUGCCGGUGCCGGUGGUGGCGCAGCCUACUUUCAAGGUGGCGGUAGCGGCGGUGGUGGUCCCGCCGAGCACAUGGCCGGGAAUCCGUACUUCCAGCAGCAGCAGCUGGCGGCGAUGAUGAUGAACCAGCAACGGGCGAACGGGAACGAGCGGUUUCAGCCGAUGAUGUACGCCCGGCCGCCGCCGGCCGUGAAUUACAUGCCGCCACCGUAUCCGCCCUACCCCUACCCGCCGCCACCUGGCGACCGCCCCGACCAGUACGCGAUGUUCAGCGACGAAAACACCAACAGCUGUAACGUUAUGUGAGAAUCGAACGAUCGGUGAUUUGUGUAGGGCUUUGGUUCUGUUCAGUUCAUAGUUUUUUUUUUUUUUUUUUUCUUGACUUAAUUUCUAGUCUUGAUGCCAUAAUACACAUGGAAAUGUUUUCUUUUUUUAGUUGGAUUGUUUUCUUUUGUUACUUAUUCUG